CAAAUGAAAUAAUUUCUCCAUUCCCAUUUUCUGACUCACACUAAUCCAUUUUAGGGUGCGGGAAAUGCGACAGCCGAUCUCUUACCAGGCCGUGCUCUCACGCGCCACGCGUGUCACAGACGCACGUGUCCCGCUCCGAUAGAGAUCGCGAAGUUCCUGCACGGUUUCCCGCAAUUCGCUAAAGUCCACCUCGCCUUUGUAGCUAGCGAACGUUAUCCCGAAGUUUCAACCGGUUAUUGCACCCGAUGGCGACCAAAUGUUUCCUCCUGCCUCUAGUCGCGAUUUUCGCACUGGUGGUUUCGCUUGUGAUGACGUCAGAGAUCGCGUCAGCACAGUGCAGCCACAGCCAUGGUCACUCCCAUGGUCAUUCCCAUGACCAUGACCAUCAUGAUCACAUGCAUGGUGGUGGCGCUGGUGGGAUUUCCUCGUGGGAAGAUAUAGAGCAUGCAGAUGAGCACAUCCACAUGCAUGGGGCAUGAUCAUGAUCAUGAUCAUGACCAUGGGCAUGCGAAUGGGCAUGGACACAUGCAGAAGGACCAUGGGCAUCAUCAUCAGCAUCACCACCACCACUCCCACGCAGCAGGGCAGAAGGUGAAGGGCAAGGCGCAGGCAGCAGAGAGAGCAGCGGGUUCAGGCACCCAGAGGAGGAGGCGGAGGAGAGGGCGUUGAGGAAGAAGAGGAGGACGAGGAGGAGGAGGAGGACUGGGAGGCGGACAGGACAAUCUGGCCAUGGACCAGAAGCUGCUAGCCAUCUGGCUGGAGGCUAUGGGCAGUGCUCUCGUUGUUUCGCUCUGCUCCCUCAUCUGCCUCACCCUGCUGCCCCUCGUCUGCUACAAGGGGCAAGCUUCCCCGGGCGCUGGUUGACGGCUGGCUGCAUUUGGGGCUGGAGCCAUGCUAGGAGACGCGUUCCUGCAUCAGUUGCCACAUGCCUUCGGCAGCGGAUCGCAUUCCCACAACCACACCCAGUCACAUGACCAUGGGCAUGCACAUCCACAUGGACAUGGGCAUGAGUCCCAUUCACAUGACCACGGGCAUGACCAUGGCCAUGAGGAGGGGGGAGGAGGGCAUGCGCACUCCAUUGAAGACCUUUCAGUCGGCAUCGCAGUGCUGGUUGGCAUCGUGCUUUUCUUCCUAGUGGAGAAGAUUGUCAGGCGCGUGGAAGAAUUGACUUCACAAGGCCGGGCUGUGCCGUUUGCUGCUCACAGCCACCAGCACCACCACCACCAUCAUCACACUCCCAAGGGUGACGAACCCAAGAAGGAGGGCAAGCAUGACAAGGGCGAAGGAGACGAGGGAAAGGACGAGGCUGAGUGUGAGACAGCGAGUGAGAAAGCGAGUGAGAGAGUGAGUGAGAGAGUGAGUGAGAGAGUGAGUGAGGAGAAGGAUGGAGUGGCAGGGAAUGAGGAGAGAGAGGAGGGCGAAGGAACAAGCGGAUCUGACGAGAAUUGGAAGAGUGUGGAGGAGACAGAGGGGAGCUCCAAGGACGGAGGGGAAAGAGGCAGAGGAGGAAUUGAAAGAGGAAGUCAGGGAGGAAUCAGAGGAGAAGGGUGGUGCGGAUGGUGCUGGUGGUGCAGGUGGGGGUGUUGGGGGUUGAGGAGGCGGAGGGCAGGUGGCGAUGCGCAGACAGUGACAGCAGACAGGAGCGAGGAGGGAGAGAAGGAGGGUGAUGCAGCAGCGACUGACAAUGACGAGAAGAAGGCCAAGGCAGUGGCUGUGGCAGCGCCAGCAGGAGCGAGUCUGUUGGCAGCCGCAUCUGGUGCACCUGCAGUGAACAAGCACCUUGUGCUGGGGUACCUCAACCUCUUCUCUGACGGCGUG